AUGGCUUUGAACCAAUAUCAGGCCCCGGUUGACUAUGCCGCCCAACUGGAUGCCUUCAAGGACUUCCUGAAGCACUUCAAGACUCUUCAGUCGUCCUCGGAAGCCGCUGCGACCGAGGCGUUGGAGGACUUGAACAUUGACGGCAACCGCACCAGUGAUGAGUAUGAUUUCAUGGAUGAUAUUGAGGAUGAGGGGGCGGGAGCAAGGAGGCGCAAAGAGCCGAAACUCAAGUACAUGCAGAUUCUGCAAGACCUUGCCAACCGGGAUAGCUCCAAUAUUGUGAUUGAGCUUGACGAUUUGGAAAUCUUCGAGAAAGCCCUGCCGGAGGAGCAGCAGAACCUGAACCUGGUCGGCUCGAUCCAAAAGAACACCAAGCGCUAUAUCGAUGUUUUCUCACAGGCGGUGGAUGCGGUCAUGCCCAAGGAGACUAAGGAUAUCACGUUCAAGGACGAUGUCCUGGAUGUCAUCAUGUCUCAGCGUGAGAAGCGCAACGAGACCAUGGAGAUGGCCGCGGAGGCUGAUAUGGAUGCUACACCUGCUGCGUCCAUGUUCCCCCCGGAGCUCACCCGCCGGUACACCCUCAACUUCAAGCCGCUCACACCCUCCGGAUCGAGCAGCGACCGUGCGGGUAAGGCAUUCGCCGUCCGUAAUGUGCGCGGAGAACACCUGGGUAGCUUGAUUACUGUCCGCGGUAUUACCACCCGUGUCUCGGAUGUGAAGCCGGCUGUCCAGAUCAACGCCUACACUUGCGACCGAUGCGGAUGCGAAGUCUUCCAGCCCAUCGUUACCAAACAAUUCCUUCCUCUUUCCGAGUGCUUGUCUGAGGAGUGCAAGAAGAACAACUCCAAGGGACAGCUCUUCCUUUCUACCCGUGCCUCGAAGUUUGUGCCCUUCCAGGAGGUUAAGAUUCAGGAAAUGGCAGACCAGGUGCCCGUGGGCCACAUUCCCCGUACCCUCACUGUCCAUUGCCACGGUGCUCAGACCCGACAGCUGAACCCCGGUGAUGUGGUUGAUAUCGCAGGCAUCUUCCUCCCUACCCCCUACACUGGUUUCCGCGCCAUUCGUGCCGGUCUCCUGACCGACACCUACCUGGAGGCCCAACACAUCACCCAGCACAAGAAGUCCUACAACGAUAUGGGCAUGGACAGCCGAACCCUGCGCAAGAUUGAACAGCACCAAAACUCCGGCAACAUGUACGAGUACCUCUCGCGAUCGAUCGCCCCCGAGAUCUACGGACAUCUUGAUGUGAAGAAGGCUUUGCUCCUGCUUUUGAUCGGUGGUGUGACGAAGGAAAUGGGUGACGGUAUGCACAUUCGUGGUGACAUCAACAUUUGCCUGAUGGGUGACCCCGGUGUGGCCAAAUCCCAACUGCUUCGAUACAUUACCAAGGUUGCUCCCCGUGGUGUUUACACUACUGGCCGGGGUAGCAGUGGUGUCGGUCUGACUGCUGCCGUCAUGAGAGAUCCCGUUACUGAUGAGAUGAUGUUGGAGGGGGGUGCACUGGUCCUUGCCGACAAUGGCAUCUGCUGUAUUGAUGAGUUCGACAAGAUGGAAGACGGAGAUCGUACCGCCAUUCACGAGGUGAUGGAACAGCAGACCAUUUCUAUCUCGAAGGCCGGUAUUAAUACCACCUUGAACGCUCGCACUUCGAUCCUGGCCGCGGCCAACCCCCUGUAUGGCCGCUACAACCCACGUUUGUCCCCUGUGGAGAAUAUCAACCUCCCCGCCGCUCUGCUUUCCCGUUUCGAUGUCAUGUUCCUGCUGCUGGAUACACCCACGCGGGAAGGUGAUGAGGAGCUGGCAAGCCACGUUACUUAUGUCCACAUGCACAAUAAGCACCCCGAAUCCGAGGAUUCUGGUAUUAUGUUCACUCCCCACGAGGUCCGUCAGUACGUCGCCAAGGCUCGCACCUUCCGCCCUGUCGUCCCUACCACCGUCUCUGAUUACAUGGUUGGUGCAUACGUCGCUAUGCGCAAGAGACAAAAGAAGGACGAGGCUCGCCGCCAACAGUUCUCUCAUGUCACACCCCGUACCCUGCUGGGUAUUGUCCGUCUCUCGCAGGCUCUGGCUCGUCUUCGCUUCGCUGAAGAAGUUGUCCGUGAGGAUGUUGAUGAGGCGUUGCGUCUCAUUGAAGUUAGCAAGGCUUCCCUGUACAACGACGGCGAUGCCUCUGCCGACCACACCCCUAGCAGCAAGAUCUACACCAUGAUCCGCAAUCUGCGGGAGAGUGGUGCUGCGGCUGUUGGUGACGGUGAUGACAACGAGCUUAGCGUACGGCGCAUCCGUGAGCGUGUGUUGGCCAAGGGCUUCACCGAGGACCAGCUUACCACUGCUCUCUAUGAAUACACCGAGUUGGGCGUCUGGCAAACUAUUGGCAAUGGCUCGCGUCUUAUGUUUAUCGAAGGUGGUGAUGAUGAGAUGCAAGGCUAA